GGCCCCCGCGCCUGCAUCCUGGAGGUCUUGAUGCGGGAUUCCGAGAUGUCUCAGGUAAGUGCUUUGGACCGUGUGGCGCAGACGCGCGAGAAAUGCGAAGUCCAGCGCUCUCACAUCGUGGCUGGAGGCUUGAGUGAGGAUCCGUGUGUUCGUGAGAAGGACCUGCAGGGCUUCAAGCAGAAGCUCCGGGAUCUCACCAAGAACCGUGGCAUCUUGCGCAACGAGGUGGACAACUUGAAGGAUGAUUUGGAGGCUAUGGAAGUUCGCCUGCAGCAACGGUGCAUCAAACAUGGCAUUUUGGCCAAAGAUGUGGAUCAACUCAUUUGGGACUUCAGUCAAAAGGAGGGCGACUUCAUGGGGUGUCAGACCGUGCUGUCCGAGCUGGAGCAAUGUGAGGAGCUUCAUCAGCAGCACCUUGCACAGGUCGAUGAGCUUCGCGCGCAGUUACGAGAUGCUGAGGACCUGGCUGAAAGCUCCGGAAACAAGGAAGCGGAGGUGUGGUGUGAUGGUGACUGGGGUUCCCAGGCAAAGCUACGGGCUGAGGAGCUACGGAGACAUGAAGCGGAAUGGGAGGAGUUCUGCCAUGCAGCGCCAGCCAAGUUGGAGCGGUGUCAGUGCCGCCUGGUGGACGUCUGCGCGCAGCGGAGCGGCUUCGCCAAGCAGCGCCAGGAGGUCUCGAUGGAGGUGGACCGUGCGGAGCGCCGCAGCAAGGAACUGAAGGAGUCCCUAAGGGAAGUCCACGCCGCAUUGGCCUCUGCCGAUGCUGUGGGUAAAGAGUUGGAUGCUCUGAAGCCGGUGAUCAACUCUGAGCUCAUCAUGACAGAUGCCGAGGUUCUGCAGCUGAAACAGUUGGCCUCCAGAUUGGCUCCAGCCAAGCCUGCUCGACUAAGGAGGCGAAGUGGUGCCGAGGAGGAUAUUCGAGAAAGCGAGUCCUCCAGUGCGCGGGAGGCGUGCAACGAAGGGGCGCCCAAAUGGGAUGAUGCUGCCGAGCAGGACUUCCACCAAGACCUGCAUUUCCGCGCCCUGCGGAAGCUUCGGGAUGAGCUGGGGCCCAGGUAA